AAGCUUUCCCCCAAGAAGUGGGCGGACCUUCUAUUAUCCGGAACUAAUGUUUCAGUUAUCUAAAGUCAGCCGAGGCAAACUGUGCAGCACAGAACCUAAUGUCAAAUAGGACUCGCUGAUUGGGGAGACUGAGGUUUACAUAAGGCUUUGAAGCAGCACAUUGCACCUUUGCACCUUUUGGAAUUGAGAUGCUUCAUUGCAAAGCACUGGGGACUCCUGUCCGUUUUAGGGCAGCUGUGUUCUUGACAAAGUAAAAGCUAUCACCAGGAAGAACACUGUCUAAUAAAUCUAACCAGGAAUGUGGCCUUGUACCCUGCGUAAGCUUUGUAACUGCGUGCUGCCUGCUUACUGAUAAAGUACUACGAGCGAUGAUCACUGGGAUGUGUUGAAAUGAAAUCUUCCAUUCUUCAUUUGGAUUAACUUGAGUCUUAUCUGUUUGAUAAAAGUCACGGAAAAAUGGCUCACCCAGAAAACAAAGGCUUAAUUUUAGGGGUGGUAGCUGGUGCUGCAGGGAUUAGCUUGGCUUUAUUUUAUUGGAAAAGAUAUGGAGGACGUGGAUAUCUCCUGGGAAUUCCUGAGUUGUUUGCAAAGGAACCAUCUACUGUUCAGGACAACCAAGGGGCGGUUAAUGUUUUGCAAGGGAGACAACUUCAGAUCUUGGAUAAGCUGAGCAGCUUGCUGAAAAGUGUGGAUGAGCUGAAGGAAGAGGUAAAGCAAUUAAAAGCUGCCAUCCCUAAACUAGAGGAGCAGAUUAGAGAGGAGCUUAAGGAAAAACAUGAUGCCAGGAGGGUCAGCCCACAACAUAAAUCUCUUAAAAGAAGGAAGAGUGAGACCAGCAAGGGAGCCGGGGAUUAUCCAAGUUCCGAAGAGGCAGAAAGUGAAGGAGGAUACAUUACUGCUCACACUGACACAGAAGUAGAAUCAGAAGAUGAGAGGAUCUGGAAACAUUCUAAUGCUGUAACUGUAAAAUACACACAAGAGGCCGAUGAGCUACUUUCUCUUCUACAACGAGCAGAUGCUCUGCGAUGCGGUUCUGAAUCCGAUAAUCAGGAAGGGUUCAGGUUACUGCGUGACAGAGAGGAACUGUAUGGAAACAAGGUUGAGUUCCUUUGGAGACUGGCACGUGCAUACGGUGAUAUGUUUGAUAUGGUAAAUGAUGCUGAAGAAAAAAAGAAUUAUGCAAACGAUGGAAAGAAUAUUGCAGAAAAAGCAGUUCAGUUAGACGACUUGAGUUCCAAGAGCCACCAAUGGUAUGCAAUAAUGUGUGGUUAUGUGUCCGAGUUUGAUAGUGUACAGAAUAAAAUCAAGAAUGGAUAUCUGUUUAAGGAACAUUUAGAUAGAGCAAUAGAACUAGAUCCAAGGGAUCCCCUUCAAUACUACCUUUUAGGUAGAUGGUGCUAUGCGGUUUCCCAGUUAUCAUGGAUUGAGCGAAAAGUUGCUGCUACUCUUUUUGGGAAUCCUCCAGCUGCAACAAUACAAGAAGCUUUACAGAAUUUCCUGAAGGCUGAAGAAAUGCAUCCCGGUUACUCCAAAUACAACUAUGUGUUUCUGGCAAAGUGCUAUAAAGAUCUUGGUCAGAAGGUUGAUGCUUUGAAGUACUGUGAUGCUGCAUCAGCAAUUGUAUCUGUAACCAAAGAGGAUAAAGAAGCUCAGAAAGAUCUGGAAGCCCUGCUUGCAUCUCUGAGACCACUAUAAGCAAUGAUCAUUGAAUUACUGAAAGCAAAUUGUUAACUUAUAUACAAAGGAAUUCACAUACUUUUUUAUGUGAUGAGUAAAAUAGUCUUCGGGAUAAUUAACUUCCCAGGUACACAGUCUUGAAGGUGUAAAUGGUAUUGUUGUAUCCCAUACUUACAAAGAGACACACUCAGGUUAGCUACCCAGGCACUAGAGUGAUUUGUGCAGGCUUGAAAGGCUUUUUGGUUUACAGAGAUUUCUGAAUAAUUUGUGCUGGGUUUUUUGGGGGUUUUUUUUACUGUCUAAAAGCAGAGCACAACUCUAAGAUCAAGUUGGCAAAAAAGUGUGAAUAUGCAUUUUUUUGACAAACUGCAACUAACCUACAAAUGAUAAUGUUAAAUGAAGUCUAUCAUGGUGAUAUUUUGAAGUCUCUAAAAGCACAAGAAUCGAUUCAGAGACAUACACUUUAAACAAUGUGAUAAAUGUUAAUAUUGUUUGAUUUCACUUUUACCUCCAAUUAAUUCUUAGCUUGUAUACAUUCAGGUAUCUUUUAUAAACUAUAAAUAUAAUCUACAUGUAAUAUAUCUUGUAAUGACAGUACUGUAGCAAAGUAUUUAUUAUGUUUGCAAAAUCCAAUAUGAUGUGCAAUAGAUAAUUCUGACAAGCAAUAAAGGCUAUUACUGUAAAUUUAUGCAUAGUUUACCCAUGUCAGAAUAAAGACCUAUUUGAUCUGAUAAACAUGAAUAUUAUGUUUACUUAAAGGGGUGUAAAAGCAAAAUAGUAAUGCUUUGGUUAAACAACCCCAGAACAUUAUUUAAUACAGUAAACAAUAUGGGCCCGAUUACUAAUAGAAAGCUAACAGUUACGUGUGAGGGAUAAGGGAUUUAUUGUGGGUGUUUGCACUCGUCGGGUUUACCGCUGCUAUUACUAGUUAAAAGUAAAUGCGAAUGCUUAAGCGUAAUUGCGAUUUACGCUAGAAUGAUUACCACGUCCUAAGAGUUCUGGUUAAUUGUUUCGCAAAACAGAAAAGUGUCACAAAACAGAUCAAAAAUACAUUACAAAAUACACUUACCCUCAUAAUAACACCACCUACAAUAAAUUAUUCAAAAAAAAUAUUGUACAAAAAAGUUAUAAGGGCUCAAAGAUAUGAGGUCUCAGGUGUUAGGAGAAAAAAAGACAGGCAAAGGGCUUUAAUAUUAAGAUACAUACAUAUACAUGUCUAAAGAUAUAUAUGUAUGUAUAUGUUUAUAUGUGUGUACAUAUGUAUUUAUGUAUUUACAGACAUAUACACAUAUAAACACAUAAAUACAUUUGUAUACAUAUAUAUGUCUAAAGAUAUAUACAGUAUGUAUGUAUAUGUUUAUAUGUGUGUACAUAUGUAUUUAUAUGUGUAUAUAUGUAUUUACAGACAUAUACACAUAUAAACACAUAAAUACAUUUGUAUAUAUAUAUAUAUAUAUAUGUAAGGGAAUAGGAGGCCUUUGCAGUCAAGUAGAUGUAGCUAGAGUGCUGAUUGUAGAACAAUUCAAAAACGUUAGCUCACAAAAUAAUUGACUUUUGAAGUGGGCGGCACAUCAUCAUUACAACUGAUGAAUUGAACUCCAUCUAAAAUAGCACUAACAUUCCGGAUAUGAUUUUAUAAAAGGGAUGCAUUGACUUCUAUAGGGGAAUACGUGAACACGCACGCAAUAUUCUAAAUUCAGCUUUUUUACGUUUGUCGGGGUAGUAGGAGAGGGAAAACUUUUUACUUUAAAUUCAUAACACGAGUGUAAAAAGUUUACUUCUAGCUCAAUUAACGCUCGCACUGGUGCGUUAAAUAGUGCUCCACUUGUAAUCUGGCCCUAUAUGUGCAGUAAAAAAGUCUGUUUAAGUACGCUCUGUGAAACAAUUUGAUUAAGGUGUAUAAUAAUCAUUUAGCAGCUGCUUAAGCCCAGGUUAAAACAACAUUGUUAACGCACAGAUAUUGCAUAGUGCAUAAAAUUGUUAACUUUUAUCUCUUUGUUAUUUAUCAUAAUCUUCCAAUGAAUGUUUUGUACAAAGAUUGUAUAUUUUACAUAAAACCCAGAGGUAAAAGCAGUAUAAUGAAAUCUAGGAAAGUCCUAUUAAAACAAAUGAUAUACAAAUAAAAGAUCUUUAUAUAUUAAAA